AUGGUGAAAAGCAAAGUUUGGACCCUGAAAAGGAAGUUUGAUGGGAAAGUGCAAACGUCCGAUUUCGAUCUUGUAGAGGAGGAGGUUUCGGACGACCUAAAAGAUGGUGAGUACCUUAUAGAAGCACUUCACUGGACGGUGGAUCCGUACAUGAGGACACGUGAGGUGGGAAAUGUGGAACGCAAUCAAUGCAUGCCAGGAGAACAGAUAGCCAAAGUUAUCGCCAGCAAGAACUCCUCCCGUCCCGUAGGCAGUAUCGUUCGUGUGUUCGCGGGAUGGCGCACUCACACAAAGAUUAUAAACGAACAAGAGCAGCGAGUUGGACGCAUGCCUGAAAUGAACGAUCUGCCUUUAUCCUUGGCUCUGGGAACCAUGGGAAUGCCAGGUAUGACGGCUUACUUUGGUUUCCUGGAGCUUUGCCAACCAAAGAAAGGGGACACGGUACUUGUCAAUGGUGCUGCCGGGGCAGUAGGUAAUCUUGUCGGACAAAUCGCUAAAAUCAAGGGAUGCAAAGUGGUGGGAUGUGCUGGAAAUGAAGACAAAUGCAAAUGGCUGAAAGAGCUGGGUUUCGAUGAAGUCUUCAACUACAAGAAGGUGGAUUUGUCCGAAGCAUUGAAAACGGCCGCUCCAGAUGGCUAUGAUUGUUUCUUCGACAAUAUUGGGGCCGAUUUUACAUCUACGGCACUGAAACACAUGAAGUUGUUUGGACGAGUGUCAAUCUGUGGACAGAUUUCCAUGUACAACGAUAAAGAGCCUCCAAGAGGUGUAUACCCGUUCAUGGACAUUCUUGCCAAACAGCUUAAGGUCGAAGGAUUCCUCGUAUCGCGGUGGUAUCCAAGGUGGGCUGAGGGAGAAAAAGACAUGGCACAAUGGAUCAGAGAAGGAAAAAUCAAGUACAAAGAAACGAUAUACAAGGGCUUUGAAAAUAUGCCUACAGCGUUCGUCGGGCUGUUUGAUGGUGCCAACACGGGAAAAGCUAUAAUAUCAUCUUAG